AUGACUUCUUCACCAUUCUGGCUAGCCUGCUCAUUUGUCGCGUUAUUGACGGGCGGAGUGACUGCGUGUGUCUGCGACCGCGGUCGAAUGGACGUUAAGCUUCUUUGUGGUGCUCUACGGGAGGCCGCAUCUCGUCUAUCAGAGUCUGGGGACGCAGCUUCGCCAGCCCCCCCGUCAGUCCUUCCUGGUCCUGCCGGCUGCCCGCUUGCGCGCAGCGCGCGUAUCUCUUGGAGACGUUGGAACAGACUUGGCCACAUUUUCGAAGUGUGGAAAAGAGAGCUGCGAGCUUCAAGCUGUGUUGAGUCGACAAGUGGUCUAGAUUGCAUCCUAGAAAACUGA